CUUUCUUUCCCUUCAAUCAUGGCUUCCACUACCCCUCCUCCGGCCGUGGUCUCAGAAAAGAUCCUUGUCGAAAAGUCUGAACAAGUUGUUGCUGAUGGUGAUAUCGAAAGUACACAGAAGUCCGUCAGCGACGAUGGCUUCGUGGAGCCUUCACCGCAAGAAUGGCGGAAGCUUUUGUGGAAGCUCGAUCUGCGCAUCAUUCCCUAUGUCGGUGUUCUGUAUCUCUGCUCUUUCUUGGAUCGUGUCAACAUCGGUAAUGCGAAGGUUGCUGGCCUGACCGAAGAUAUUGACAUUACAGACAGUGAGUAUAACUGGGCGCUCUCGAUCUUCUUCAUCGGUUAUAUCAUUUUUGAGGUUCCGUCCAACUUGAUGCUCAAGUACAUUGGUCCGAGCAAAUGGAUUUCUAUCGUCAUGAUGGCAUGGGGUGUGACCAUGGCGGCAAUGGCAGCUGUACAUAACGGUGCUGGUCUCAUGGCAAGUCGCUUCUUCUUGGGCAUCACCGAGGCUGGUUUAUUCCCCGGUGUCAUUUUCUACUUGACCCUUUGGUACACGCGUAAAGAACAAGCAACCCGACUGGCGUUAUUUUUUGGAUGCUCUACUUUGGCUGGUGCUUUCGGCGGUGUCUUGGCCUAUGGCAUUAUGCAGAUGGAUGGCAUUCGCGGGAUGCAUGGAUGGCAGUGGAUUUUCAUUAUUGAAGCCAUCCCUACUCUAUUCUUUGCCUGCACCACAUACUUUGUGCUUCCAGACUUCCCCGAGACAAAGAACAGAUUUUUGACCGAACGUGAACGCGAGAUCGUUGUUCGCCGUCUUAAGCUCGAUGCCGGUCCAUCGACAGAGACCCACUUCUCCAUGAAGCAGUUUUAUGCUGCUUUCUUGGACUGGAAAGUAUACAUGCAUUCUGCCGUCUACAUUUGCUGCGUUGCUCCCUUGUAUAGUUUGAGUAUGUUUAUGCCUACCAUUAUUCAAGGCAUGGGAUUCUCAGAUCUUCAGGCUCAAGCAAUGAGUGCACCUCCUUACGCUUUUGCAUGUGUCGCUACUAUUCUUACUGCAAUGCACGCUGAUAAACGAGUCGAGCGCGGUCUCCACGUUGCUGUUCCUGGUGUUCUUGGUUUACUCGGCUACGUUCUGCUUAUUACACUCAAUAACCGCGGCAUGGUAGCCAUGUACAUUUCUGCCUGUAUCACGACCAUUGGUGUGUUUGCCCAGAUUCCUGCUAUGCUCUCGUGGUUCAGUAACAACAUUGGUGGACACACCAAGCGAGGUGUUGCUACUGCGAUCAUCGUCUCACUCGGUAACAUUGGCGGUGCUGUCGGCGGUCAGAUUUACCGUGCGCAGGACGGCCCGUUUUAUGCCCGUGGUCAUCAGAUUUGUGCCGGUCUGAUGGCUGGUGCCAUUGUGCUCUCUUGUAUAUUCAAGUAUAUGUUGCAUCGGAUGAAUAAGGCGCGCGAUAAUAUGACCGAAGAAGAAUACAAGAAGGCGUGCGAAGGCGAGGACUUGUGUGAUUAUCAUCCCGACUUCAGAUACAUCACUUAAGCGUACCUGUACUACAUAUUAUCACUUCCAUUACUAUACUACCACUCCUCCAGUCGACACCUUUAAUUUCAAACCCGCUAGCUUUCAACCCUCGGUAUUUUUAAAGUUGUUGGAUUACCAAACAAACAAGAAUAGCAGGGAGUACUAGAACAAGUUUUUCUAGCUAACUUUGAAUCCUCACUAAUUUCAAACCACUACCAUUACUCAUUUAUAACACUACAUCUUUACUACAAACCAAAAAAUAACCUCGACCACGCACUGUACUUACUAUAUCUGUUCUCAUUAUAUUAUUCCCUAUCCCACUUCUUACAAUCAUUAAUGAUUAUCUAGUAAAGUACUUUUUUGUAUCAUAGUAAUAAAA